GCACUGUGGGAGCACACUGUGGGAGAGCACUGUGGGAGCCAUUUUAACGAGCGAGUGGAGCGGCGCUGUCGGCGUGUCCACCUUGUGCACGGCGGUUUCUCUCACAGUUGUGCCGCGGUGAGGAACAGGCAUGGAUGCGUCUCAACAAAAGAGAGUGAAGAGAGGAAAAGUUUGAAACGCAGCUGCAGCGCAUUCGGUCAGAGACAUCAGGGAGAACAACAGUGUUUACUAACAAUGUUGGCUAUGAAGUGGGAUUUGUUCUUUUUUGUUUUCGGGUGGUUGAAACUCCCAUCUCGGUUGGACUGUCGCGUUGUACAUAUGAACGGAGACGCGGGACCAGGGACGGUGGUCACCAGCGUGCAGAGGAGCGAGACGUGCACUUUGGACCAGGUCAUCGCUCCAAAAUUCACGAAGACCUUUCUAGCGGUGGAUGCCGCGGCGGGCAGCGUGUACGUGUCGGACUCCUGGCAUUGCGGCUCGCUCCCCUCCAACCCUUUCUCCAUCUACACUGUUGCUGACUGCACAGGCGGCGCCCCCGGAUUCAGGCAUCUGAUGACCAGUCACUACAGUGUUUAUGUCCAUGGCAGGAAUUGCGUAAGUAGACGCAAGCGCGAAGAAAAAUGGGACAUGGAAAUUCUAAGUUUGUUAAAUUCUCACGGUUCGGUGUCCGAGUGCCGCGAGGCGAACGCCGCUCUUUUCCGCGUUUGGGACCUGUUUCCGUUCAUUCGCACUCCGAGCGCUGUCCUUUGUAACGUAACCGGUACUUCUGCUUUUUACUUUUCCGAUGGGCAGUUGUUGGUUUCGGCGCCGCUCUGUUUGAAGCGCGACUCGCUGCUGGAGUUUGACCUGCAUUGUAUGGGAAGAGUCCAAGAGCGCGCGGGGAUGUCUGUGCGCUGGCGCGUGGGUCAGGGCGCGUUCAGACAGCGUUACCUAGAGCGGUUACUGCGAAAAGUGGCGACACAGUCCGACUCUGGCCUGCUGAGCAGGAGGAAGAGAAACACGAACACCAACCCCCAGUUUCAGCCCCCCAUGUACCAAGUGACUGUUCCAGAGAAUAAACCGGCUGGGACUUCUGUGGUUAUUUUGAAAGCCGUAGACCCAGAUGAGGGAGAGGCCGGCAGGCUGGAAUACUUCAUCGAGGCCCUGUUUGACAGUCGUUCUAAUAACCUCUUUGCUGUGGACCCAUUAAGUGGUUUAGUGUCCACUGCUGAGGAGCUGGACAGAGAGACAAAGGACACCCACGUGUUCAGAGUGACGGCUGUCGAUUAUGGAACACCUCGGCGCACAGCAAUGGCCACUCUCACGGUCACCGUGAGUGACACAAAUGACCACGACCCCGUGUUUGAGCAACAGGACUACAAAGAGAGUGUGCGGGAGAACCUAGAGAUCGGCUAUGAGGUGCUCACGGUCCGUGCCACAGAUGGAGAUGCCCCUGCCAAUGGCAACGUCCUGUACCGCAUCCUCAACAGCAACGGCUCAGGCAACGCCUUCGAGAUUGACUCGCGCUCUGGCGUGAUCCGGACCCGUGGCACUGUGGACAGAGAGAUCAUCGAGUCCUAUGUGCUCUUGGUCGAGGCCAACGACCAAGGUCGGGACCCAGCUCCUCGAAGUGCCACGGCAACUGUGCAUAUCACGGUGGAGGACGACAACGACAAUACGCCGCAGUUCAGCGAGAAGCGAUAUGUCGUGCAGGUGGCUGAAGACCUGCAGCUCAACACCGAGAUCCUGCAGGUUACCGCCACAGACUGCGACCAGGGUGGUAAUGCUGUGGUUCACUUUAGCAUCAUGAGCGGUAACACCAGAGGACAGUUCUACAUCGACGCGCAGACAGGGAAGCUGGACCUGGUGAGCCAGCUGGACUACGAGAUGAGUAAGGAGUAUACGCUACGCAUCCGAGCUCAGGACGGCGGACGGCCGCCGCUCUCCAACAUCUCUGGCCUGGUGACCAUACAGGUGCAGGACAUUAAUGACAACGCUCCGAUUUUUGUCAGCACCCCAUUCCAGGCAACUGUGCUGGAGAACGUUCCGGUCGGAUACUCUGUUAUACACAUCCAAGCAGUUGAUGCAGACUCUGGAGAUAACUCACGGCUGGAGUAUCGGCUCACGGAGACGACCGCGAACUUCCCGUUCACGAUAAAUAACAGCACGGGGUGGAUUGUUGUUGUGGCUGAGCUGGACCGAGAGAGCAUGGACUUCUAUGGCUUCGGAGUGGAGGCCCGGGACCAUGGCACUCCCGCCAUGUCAUCUUCCGCAAGCAUCAGCAUGACCAUCCUGGACGUGAACGACAACAACCCGGAGUUCACGCAGAAAGCGUACUACAUGCGUCUGAACGAGGAUGCCGCCAUCGGCACGAGCGUGGUGACCGUGUCCGCUGUGGACCAGGACAUCAACAGCGUGGUGACGUAUCAGAUCUCCAGCGGAAAUACCCGGAACCGCUUCUCCAUCACUAGCCAGAGUGGUGGAGGGCUCAUCACACUGGCACUCCCACUUGACUACAAACUGGAGCGGCAGUACGUGUUGAGCGUCACAGCCUCUGACGGCACGCGAUUUGACAUGGCCAAGGUCUUUGUUAACGUCACAGACGCCAACACGCACCGGCCCGUAUUCCAGAGCUCGCACUACACCGUCAAUAUUAACGAGGACCGUCCGGUCAGCACCACUGUCGUGGUGAUCAGCGCCACUGAUGAGGACACAGGUGAAAACGCACGGAUCACGUACUUCAUGGACGACAGCAUUCCGCAGUUCAGCAUUGACUCGGACACAGGCGCAGUGACAACCCAAAUGGAGCUGGACUAUGAGGACCAGGUGUCAUAUACUCUGGCUAUCACAGCUCGCGAUAAUGGCAUACCUCAGAAAUCUGAUACCACUUACCUAGAGAUCCUGGUAAAUGAUGUUAAUGAUAACUUGCCCCGGUUCUUGCGAGACCGCUACCUGGGCUCAGUUAUGGAAGAUGUUCCGACCUUCACCAGCGUGGUCCAGGUGUCUGCCACGGACCGCGAUUCCGGCCUGAACGGCCGUGUCUUCUACACCUUCCAGGGAGGUGACGAUGGUGAUGGUGACUUCAUCAUCGAAUCCACAUCAGGAAUUGUACGCACACUCCGGCGUCUGGACCGUGAGAACACUCCCAUUUACCACCUGCAAGCUUUCGCAGUGGACAAAGGAAUCCCUGCCCUCAAAACCUCUGUGGACAUUCAGGUAACUAUCCUGGAUGUGAACGACAAUCCGCCAGUGUUUGAGAAGGACGAGUUCGAUAUCUUCGUAGAGGAGAAUAGCCCCAUCGGGAUGGUUGUAGCCCACAUUUCGGCCACGGACCCUGACGAGGGUAGCAAUGCGCAGAUCAUGUACCAGAUUGUUGAGGGCAACAUCCCUGAGGUGUUCCAGCUUGACAUCUUCUCAGGCGAGCUUACCGCGCUGAUGGACCUGGACUAUGAGACUCGCCCCGAAUACGUAAUCGUGAUUCAGGCCACAUCUGCCCCUCUGGUCAGCCGGGCCACCGUCCACAUCAAGCUGAUCGACAAGAACGAUAACGUGCCGAUCCUGAAGAACUUCCAGAUUAUCUUUAACAACUAUGUCACAGACACGUCCAAAAGCUUCCCAACUGGAGUGAUAGGCCAGAUCCCAGCCCUUGAUCCGGAUGUGUCUGACCAGCUGCAGUAUAGCUUUGAGGCAGGUAAUGAGCUGAACCUGCUGCUUCUGAACCGGACAACCGGAGAGAUCCGUCUGAGCCGGGCCCUUGACAACAACCGACCAUUGGAGGCCUCCAUGAGGAUUUCUGUCUCAGAUGGUGUUCACUCCGUCUCCGCUCAGUGCCUACUGCAGGUCACCAUCAUCACGGAUGAGAUGCUCUCCAACAGCAUCACGCUUCGAUUGGCCAACACCUCACAGGAGCGCUUCCUCUCCGUCCUGCUGACGCAGUUCCUGGAGGGCGUGGCCCGCGUCCUCUCCGCCUCCCGCGAGGACGUGGUGGUCUUCAACGUCCAGGACGACACGGAUGUGGAUGCGAGCAUCCUGAACGUCAGCCUGUCCGUGGCCGCGCCGUCCGAGGGGCCGCGGGGCGGCGUCAGGGGCGUAGCCCCACGCUUGGAGCCUGGAAGGGCCGAGUUUUUGGGCUCGGAGGAGCUGCAGGAGCGUCUGUACCUGAACCGCAGCCUCCUGGGGCGGAUUUCUGCUCAGCAGGUGCUGCCAUUCGACGACAACAUCUGCCUGCGCGAGCCCUGUGAGAACUACAUGAAGUGCGUGUCCGUGUUGAAGUUCGACAGCCUGGCGCCCUUCGUCAUCUCCGACACCAUCCUCUUCAGGCCCAUCCACCCGGUGACGGGGCUACGCUGUCGCUGUCCCCCGGGGUUCACGGGGGACUACUGUGAGACAGAGGUGGACCUCUGCUACUCCAACCCCUGUGGCUCCCACGGCACCUGCCACGCCCACGAGGGUGGAUUUACGUGCGAGUGUCUCCAUGACUAUACAGGUGAGAGAUGUGAGCUCUCCUCUCGCUCGGGCCGCUGUGCCGACGCCGUGUGUAAGAACGGGGGGACGUGUGUGAACCUGCUGGUGGGAGGCUUUAGGUGCGAGUGCCCACCCGGCGCCUAUGAGAAGCCCUACUGUCACAUGAGCACCCGGAACUUUCCACCUCAGACCUUCAUCACCUUUAAGGGGCUUCGCCAGAGAUUCCACUUCACCCUCUCGCUAUCAUUCUCCACCAGAGAACCCAGAGGCCUGCUUCUCUAUAACGGCCGCUUCAACCAGAAACAUGAUUUCAUUGCCAUGGAGAUUGUUAACGAGCAGAUCCAGCUCACCUUCUCAGCAGGCGAAACCAAGACAACCGUAUCACCCUUCAUCCCAGGUGGGGUCAGUGAUGGCCAGUGGCACAUGGUUCAUGUGCACUAUUACAACAAGCCCAUUCUGAACCAGGUAGGCCUUCCCCAGGGUCCAUCAGAUCAUAAGGUCGUCGUGGUGACAGUGGACAACUGCGAUACAUCAGUGGCUCUCCGAUUUGGUCAUGUGAUCAGCAACUACUCGUGCUCUGCUCAGGGCAGCCAAUCAGGUUCAAAGAAAUCUCUGGAUCUGACCGGUCCGUUGCUGCUGGGAGGCGUGCCCCGCCUGCCGGAGGACUUCCCCGUUCACAACCGGCAGUUUGUGGGCUGCAUGAAGGACCUGCGUGUCGACAGCAGGUCCAUUGACAUGGCUGCCUAUAUCGCUAAUAAUGGCACUCUACCAGGAUGUUCAGCAAAGAGGCAGUUCUGCAUAAAUAACCCCUGCCUGAAUGGUGGAGCCUGUGUGAACCUCUGGGGCUCCUUCAGGUGUGACUGCCCCUUAGGGUUUGGAGGGAGGAUGUGUGACAAAGUGAUGCCCAACCCUCAACGUUUCCAAGGUAACAGCAUUUUGUUAUGGAGUAAUGUGGCUGUCGUGGUAACAGUUCCCUGGCACCUGGAGCUGAUGUUUCGCACACGCCAACGAAGUUCCACUAUUCUCCACAUGACGACUAGCCAACAUCAUAACUUUACCAUAGAGGUGCGAGAGGGCAGCGUAGUGAUGUUGCUUCACCAUAGUGAAGACUCUGCAGUGUCUCGAGUGGAGGAGGCUUCUGUUGACGAUGGUGCGUGGUACCACCUGCGGCUGGACCUCGGCUGGCCACCAGGGGGAGCCGGCGCAGCUGCCCUGCAGCUCCGGGCAGUGCUGAGUCUAGAUCACGGCCUGUAUACGUCCUCUAUGGAGGUGGAUAGUAAACUAAAGGGUGUGAAGCUGGAGACUCUGAGUGUUGGAGGCAUCGCCGCCGGCAGCAACAGUGUGUCACAUGGAUUCAUUGGGUGCAUACAGGGUCUGAGUGUAGGGGAGUUCGCGAUGGGUUCCGGCUCUCUGAGUGCGUCACAGGCUCAGAGGCAAAAUGUGACAGAUGGCUGCCGGUUGCCUGACCCUUGUUCCUCCAACCCCUGCCCUGCCCACAGCUACUGCACCAACCUCUGGGACAGUUACACCUGCUUCUGUCAUCCAGGUUACUAUGGCAACAACUGUACUGAUGCAUGCACUUUGAACCCCUGCGAGCACCAAUCAGUUUGCAGCAUGAAGCCAAACUCUGCACAUGGCUAUGUGUGCAACUGUCACAGUAAUUACUUCGGCCGGUACUGCGAGAAAAAGACUGACCUGCCAUGCCCACGGGGUUGGUGGGGUCAUAAGACGUGUGGCCCCUGCAACUGUCUCACUGAUAAAGGCUUUGAUUCAGACUGCAACAAGACCAGCGGAGAAUGUCGCUGCAAGGAUAACCAUUACAGGCCAUUGGGCAGUCAGGUGUGUUUGCUGUGUGACUGUUAUUCCGUGGGUUCUUUCUCUCGGGCAUGUGACCGUGAGAGUGGACAGUGUCAGUGUAAGCCUGGGGUCAUAGGUCAGCAGUGCGACCGCUGUGAUAACCCCUUUGCUGAGGUCUCGCCAAACGGCUGUGAAGUGAUCUAUGACAGCUGUCCCCAGGCGAUUGAGGCAGGGAUCUGGUGGCCCAGGACCAAGUUUGGGCUCCCAGCAGCGGUGCCGUGCCCUAAAGGCUCUGUGGGCACGGCGAUCAGACACUGUGAUGAACAUAAGGGAUGGCUGCCCCCGAAUCUCUUUAACUGCACCUCUCUCACCUUCUCUAAGCUCAAACCACUGUCAGAGCAGGUGGCUCAUAACUGGUCUGUGCUGGACUCCAGUAAGGUGCAGCAGACUGCAGGGAUGCUGUAUAACGCUACACUGCACACACACUCGUACUACGGCAGUGACGUGCGCAUCGCCUACCACCUCACACAGGCUCUGUUACAGCAUGAGAGCAGCCAGCAGGGCUUCAGCUUAGCCGCUACUCAGGACGUCCACUUCAACGAGCACCUGAUGCGUGUCACCAGUGAGAUCCUGUCUGCUGAAGUGCGUUCUCACUGGGAGCUGAUCCAGCAGGUGGAGGGAGGAACAGCCUCUCUGCUCCACCACCUAGAGGAGUACACACACACGCUCGCCCAGAACAUGAGGAAGACCUACCUCAACCCUUUCACCAUCGUCACACCCAACAUAGUCAUCUCCAUAGAUCGCUUGGAUAAGAUGAACUUUGCGGGCGCCAAACUUCCCCGCUACCAGUCACUGCGUGGACCCCGCCCCCUCGACCUCGAGACAGCCGUCACUCUACCUGACUCUGUCUUCAUCCCCGCUGCUGAGGUCAGAGGGCAUCGACAGCAUGUUGAGCUAAUCCCGGAGGUUGGUAGGAACCAGUCUGUCAGUCGGAAGAGGCGGCACCCUGAUGAGCGUAAGCAGAACGCCAUUGCCAGCGUCAUCAUCUUCCACAGCCUAGCCACACUGCUCCCUCCGAGAUACGACACAGACAAGCGGAGCCUCAGGGUUCCUAAGCGACCGGUCAUCAACACCCCAGUGGUCAGCAUUACGGUGCAUGACAAUGAGGAGCUGGUGCAGCACGCGCUGGAUAAACCAAUCACAGUGCAGUUCCGCCUCGUCACCACUGAGGAGCGCUCUAAACCCAUCUGUGUGUUCUGGAACCAUUCUAUUGUAGUGGGCGGGGCUGGAGCAUGGUCCUCCAAGGGCUGUGAAGUCGUGUUUAGAAACAGCACACACAUCAGUUGCCAGUGUUACCAUAUGACCUGCUUCGCUGUUCUCAUGGACAUCUCGCACAGAGAGAACGGAGAGAUCUUGCCAAUAAAACUGGUCACCUGGAGUACAGUCGGAGUGACACUGGCCUUCAUCCUCCUCACCAUGGUCUUCCUCACAUGUCUGAGAGCCAUGCACAGCAACAAGAUCAGCAUCGUCAACAACAGUGCCUUCACACUCUUCAUCGCCGAGCUCCUCUUCAUCUUCGGUAUCAACCAGACAGAGAACCCGUUUGUGUGUACGAUCAUAGCCAUCCUGCUGCACUUCUUCUACAUGUGUGUCUUCUCCUGGCUCUUCCUGGAGAGCCUGCACGUGUACCGCAUGCUGAGUGAGCUGCGUGACAUCAACUCCGGCGCCAUGCGGUUCUACUACCUCAUUGGCUGGGGAGUACCAGCCAUCAUCACAGGACUGGCAGUAGGGCUGGAUCCUGAGGGGUAUGGCAACCCUGAUUUCUGCUGGCUCUCUCUGUAUGACACGCUCAUCUGGAGCCUGGCCGGACCAAUCGCCCUCGUGGUGGCUAUGAAUCUGUUCCUGUACAUACUGGCCUCCAGAGCCUCCUGCUCUCUGAGAUCUCGCAGUUACGAGAAGAAAGAACCACCAGUGUACGACUUGCGGACGGCGUGCGGUGUGUUGCUCUUGGUAACGGUGACGUGUCUGUUAGCUCUGCUGUCUGUAAACAGUGACGUGAUCUAUUUCCACUACCUGUUUGCUGCCUUCAACUGCCUGCAGGGUCCCUGUAUCUUCCUUUUUCGUAUUGUGUUGAAUAAAGAAGCUUGGAGUGCCAUGCGCUACUGCUGCAGCAAAAAACGCCCGGAACACCCCAUCAAAUCUAAACCUUCGUUCACGUGCAGCGGUAGUUAUGGUGAUGAGGGUCUGUACCAUCUUCCCUAUGCUGAGUCCAGCAUCUCCCUAAACGGCACACUGCAUAGUGGGAAAAGCCAACAGAGCUACAUGCCUUUCGUGCUCAGAGAAGAUGAAGGUUUGAAUAACAGUCUCAUUGCUCUGAAUGACCCCAGCUUCCAUGAAGCUGAACUUCACCCUGAUGGUCACGACUCUGAUUCGGACAGUGACCUGUCCGAGCUGGAGGAUGAUCAGAGUGGUUCGUAUGCAUCCACGCAUUCAUCGGACAGUGAGGAUGAGGAGGAACAGUACCCACAGGAAGAAUGCUGGGAGAACCUAGCAGCAAACACAGCCAUGAAAGCCCAGGACUCAAGUGGGAGUGCCCCCUACUGGCCGCACGAAUUUGAGUCAGGUGAUGGUGAAGGGGCAGUAGGGAGCAGGGCAGAACCUGGCGGGGAAAGAGCAGACAACUGUGGGAAAGAGAUCACACUACUGCUACUACCCAGCCCACACAACCCACACACACACCCACAUAAAGGCAUUCUGAAGAAGAAGCCGCUCUCACCGAUUGCUGAGAGAAAUGGAAUCAAUCGUAUCCACAAGCAGCUUCCUGCCAAUACCCAAGGACCCGCCUCUUCCAGAGGCUCCUCCUCCAGUGAGAACCAAGGGGGUGGAGUCAGACAGGACCAGAUCAAUGGCCUGGCCAUGACUAUAAAGGCAGGAACAGUGGACGAUGACUCAUCAGGAUCUGACAAUUCCCACCAGACUGCCACGCGACAGACCUCAUUACAAGAGGGAUGUGUCUUUGCAGGUCCUAGAACUACACUCAGAUCUGUCAAGUCACCCUGAAGAACCACCUACAGCCUCAGACACAGUGAUGGGGACGAGCUGAGCUGCUGAAGAAACAGAGGCGCUGAACAAUCCCAGAGUUCCCUGCGUCUUUUACAAAUUUGUCUCCUCACCCAUUAUUUUACUGUGCCAAAAGUCACAUUUUCCUGCUGGGAUUGCACUGAUUUACAUGAUAUCUUUCUGUUUUUAUUUAGUUUUUUAUCUCUACGUUUGUUUACAUUCUUGAAGUGAUGCACUUUUAUGACCAUUUCCACUGCCCAGCAGAUAAUGAUCCAUGAAUUCAAUUUUGUUUCUACCUUUUUUUUUUGUUGUUUAAAAAUAAGAUGCAUCAAGACAUUGAGUUUUCCCAGAAGCGUCUCAAUCCAGUGUGAUUGUUUUGAAAAUAUCAGGGCAAUGUCAUUCACAAAACUAAAAAAAAAAUGACAGAGGAUCUAGUGCAGUGAACUCGGAGCAGAGGUGAGAGAUUCCACAGGAGGGUGUGGGAGACCUGCCAGAAGCAGUGAUGGGUUGGGAGCACGUCCGAGGCCGAACUCAGAGUGCAGAAGAUGGCGCACAAGCAGCGAGUUGCCGUGGGAAGGAGAGUGCUGGAGUCUUCAUGACAGAUGAGGGAAAAGAUGCUGCAGACCACUGGGAUCAGACCACUGGGAUCAGACCACUGGGAUCAGACCACUGGGAUCAGAACGGUGAUGAAGUGUGUUCAUCAUGCUCCAUAUCCAAACAAACUUAAUGCUGAAUAAGUUUGGGAUAUACUGCCAUUCUGUAUGUAUGUAUACACACACGUUUACCUGUGGAGUUUUCUCCACUGUUCUGCCUUCUUUUAAUACCAUGUAAAGAGCAAUAGAAGACACAAACUACAAAACGGUACCAAUUUUGCUUUUUUGUGAGAAUUUUAUAUGGACAUUUUGUAAAAAAAACAAACAAAAAAACAGAUUUGUCAGGAGUUGCCUUUUAUCACUUUUACUCAAAACAACUUUUGUAUUUUAGACCUUAGAAAUGAAGGAUGCUGUUUUUGUAAAUAUUCCAGAUGUGUUGAUUAAAAUUAAUUGUACAUUAAAAAGGUUUUUAAAUUGUACAAGCCUGACCCCAGGAUUGAAAUAUACUGUAACUCUUCAGCUAACUCUUCAUAAAUGUGCGUGUGAGAGUGCACAGAUACUGAUGUUUUGUGUUUGUUGAAACAGUGGCUCAGUUUAAUUCUGAGUGAUGAGUUUUAUUUGGGUGUGUGGACACAGCCCAGCAUUUUACUGUUGUGUUGCUCCUGAUAUCUUUCCCUUUUCAUAAUGAUUGCAUCCAAAACUGCAUACCACUAUAGUAAACCAAAUGUUACCAGAAUAAACCUCAUACUAUUAUAUUCUAAAUGGCAUACUUCCAUACAAAACCACAUGCUAGUAUAUCUAAAUCAUUUAGAUUUCCUUUAGAUUUCUAAAUUGCACUAUUUAACUCCCCCCAGGUUAUGCCUCAGGUGUUUGAUUAAAUAGCAACUAAUUAUAUAUUGAUUUGCCCUCUCUACUUGUGUACUAACAGCACAUAUGGUAUGUGGUUUUGAAAGCAAUAAGUCUUGUGAUGUAGUGUAAUUGUUAUAUGUAACCUAAAACAAAGCCUUAUGCUUAUGGAGAACUUUUUUUCCAGCUGUGGCUUUUGAGAUAGUCAGGCAUGCAUCACUAGGAGGUUCUUUUAAUUUGCAAACAUUUCAUUCCAGAGUGGAGUCAGAAAAGGCUUAAGCUGUUUGAAUUUUAAAGCAAUAAAUACAGUCCUCUUGUUAUUUAGCUGUACACCAAAAGCAAUUGGAACAUCUCUGAUCAGGGUCUUUCCAUUCUAAAGCAAUCAAGGCUCAGCUGAAUUUAAAAGUGAGAUUUUAUAUAUCAAGUUUUUAAAAUAGAAGGACAAGUGUAAAGUUGUGUGAUCGUUUGUUUGUUUUUUUUGUCCAGCGGCGUCAGGGAGGCACUUCUGGACAUAAAAGUCCUUGAUUGUGUACUUGAAUGCCAGAGGCAUUUAAGCCCAUGGGUAAUUAAUUCAGCAGUUCCUCUAACAGCUUGGUUACUUUAUCACACCUAUCUAGUGGGAAAAGGGAGAACUCUUGGUUUUCUCUUGCUUCAAGGGCAUUUGAAUAUCAUGGGUAUAUACUGUACUGAACUCGCUGGCUGCUAGCUAGGGUUUCUCUAGCAGCACCAUCUGCUGGACAAAAAACAAAACAAAACAACCCUCUACGUGUUUCUCUUUGUAAUUCUCAGCAUCUAAAUCCCUGUCAUUUAAUGAGUGAGUCAGGCAAUGCUACAGUCUACUGGACACAAUGGUAGCUAAACAUGGUAGAACAGACAUUUUUCUGUGUGGAAACACUGUAAAUGAUCUCUAAACUGGAGUAAAGCAAAAUUCAGUUUUUUAAGCAUUUGAAACUUGCUUGUGUUACCUAUCCCUCAAUUCAUUACUGUUCUUACAGCUUUAGAUGGAAUAUGCACUCCUGUCUCGUAAACGCACUCGGAUGAUAUUUGCUUUUUAAUAAACUCAGAAGAAAUCU